AUGUCCAACCCAAGCGCCAUGGCCAGGACGGCGCCAAUUCCCAUUGCUCCAAAACCGUCCUCUUCUUCUACAACUUCCGAUACUGUCGGCCGUGCCACAGGCUUCUCUGGUCUGCGCCGCUCUCUGCCCCCUAGCCGCCAAGGCAGCAUCAACGUCGACUCCUAUCCGGCCAGCCUCGCCGGCCUAGACUCGCCGGACUCCGACUCACCCCGGAACAACUACGCCACCAUCCCGUGCGAGGCCUGCCAACGACGGAGGAUCCGGUGCGUCAUGAGCGAAGACGAUGACGUAUGCAUCUCGUGCCAGGUCAACAGCAUCGAAUGCUCCCACACCGGAAGUCCCCAGCCUCGCAAGAGAAAACUGGGUGGAGAUUUAGACGAUAUCAGUAGCAAACGAGGGUAA